UGAAACAAGAAGGACAUCCAAAGAUUCAAUCAAUGGUAGAAUGGCGAUUCAUCGCCAAGAACUAGCCUUGUGUUUUGUGUUGCUGUGCAUCAUUCCCUGCACUGAUCUACAUGUUCGCCGACUGCCGGGAACGGGGAGUGAUAAUGACCUUGGUACCGGUACUGCUUUACCCCCUGACGUACCGCCUCAAUGUAAAGUCACCAAAGCUGCGGAAGGAACGAAACUCGAAUGUCAGGAUGGACGAUUCAGUAUAAUACUACAGGCGAUCCGAGCAAUUGGGAAUGAAAUUGUUGUCAUCAACGUCUUAGACUGUGCGCCAAUGGAACCAGUGAGUCUAAAUGCGUCCUGCUUCAUCAACAACACCAACUUGAUGGAAUUAUGUUUUUCCAAUUGUGGUGUAAUGAAUAUCGCAGCUGGAACAUUCACAAAUCUUAAACGUCUAGCUACACUCGAUGUGAGCAGAAAUGACAUUUCAACUGUUGGCGGAGACAUCUUUUCAGGUCUUACACAUCUGAGAAGCCUAGAACUGAGUUAUAACAAUAUUUCUUCUUUGUCAGGUAGAAUAUUUGUGCAUAUGGGCAAUCUCAAGCUUCUAAAUCUAGAAAGAAACAAAAUCAAUCAUAUUAGGAAUCGUACGUUUCAUGGUCUGUCAAAGCUCAAAAUCCUUCAACUGAGAUAUAAUCGCAUACACAACUUACAUCCUCUGGCGUUUAGUGGGCUUCAUAGUUUGGAAGAACUUGGUUUAACCUCCAACAAGAUCGCAUAUAUUCCGAAAGGGAUAUUUAAACCAGUUGAAAACCUUACAUCGUUAUACUUGGGCAGGAAUGAAUUAUUACGACUCGAUGAUUAUGCAUUCAGACACCUCAAGAAAUUAGAAAAACUGUUUUUAUUUGAAAAUGUAUUGGCUUUCAGUAAAUACCUGAACCUUGAACCAAAGAUUUUCGCUGGACUGAAGAACUUAAAAUUACUCGAAUUAUCUGGGGUAGACCUGACGAACUUGGAAGAUUCGGACAUCAGAACUCUUUUCUAUGAUCAGAGGGAGUCACUGAAAGGAUUAUACCUCGGUGAUACUCGCCUUACUAAUAAUUUAUUAGUGAUGGCAAAGGACCUGACACAUUUGAAGGAGCUAUGGCUUAGCCAUAAUCGACUCACCCAUAUCGAGCAAUCUUUGCUACCAAAAAUUGGCGAAUUUGGCCAACUGUUUAUGGACAACAACAAAAUUGUUUACAUAGACGAACAUGUAUUUGAGGCAAUGGACAGCACAUUAGACGUAACGUUGAUGGGGAAUUCGCUGGCUUGCAGCUGCAAGCAUGCAGGCUUUUCCCGUUGGUUGCAAAGUGCGCAAGGAUCAGCCGUGCAUGACCGUGAUAACGUUUAUUGUGAAAGUCCGAAAUUAAUGUACGGAACGUUGGUGAUGGACUAUGAUCCGUAUUGGUGGCAGUGCAGCCAAUAUAUGCCACUGGUUGCAUUGAUUUCCACCGUUGGUUUUCUCCUGAUUGUGACUCUGGUAAUACUAAUCGUCUAUUGCAAUCGGAUUAACCUGAAGCACUGGCUUCUCGAAAGGCGAGUUGCGUCCAUGCCGAAUGACGAAGAGCAGGAUGCGGAACAGCCAACCGAAAGUGGCCCUCUCCUUAACCCAGCACUGUGCAGGAAUUCGUUGAGGCAGGGCAAAACCGGCGCGUAUAUAAUCCACGACAUCUACGAAAGAUACCUGCUGGAGUGGGUGAACAAGUACCUAGAGGACCAGUUAUUCAACCAUCCAAUGAAAAUCACUCUCCAGUUCCCGGCAGGCCCGGAAGUUAUUCCGCUGUGGAAGCAAGUCAAAGACUUCAGUUCCCAGGUCAACGCCUUCCUCGUCCUCGUCAACGACCAAUUCUUGGCGAACCAUUGGCCGGAGAUGGCCGAGAAGAGCGGUGUGGAGAACAUCAUGAAGUGCGUGUUCGUGCUUCACGGGAAGAAGACAAGUGAGCUGCCCAAGGAGAUGAAGCGAUUGCAGUGUCCGUGCUUCCGGUGGCCGGAAACUGGGACGCGGUUUACGACACUGGAACGAGAACGGGAUCAGUUCUGGAAGCAGGUACGCCUUGCAGUGAAGGCGACCAUAAAGUGAGACACGUCAUACCAAUAAUGAUGACGAAAGUUGUUACAUUAGAAGUAUUUCACAAUCUAUGGUUGUCCUCUCAUAUAUUAUUCAAGGUACCAUUAUAUGGUUGUAUAAUAGAUUAAAAAAGGACUGAUUGAAUAUCCAAGACUGGACUAGAAUGACAACGAGUUUUUUUUAGCAAGUUUUUUCUCUCUCUCUCUCUCAAAGGCACAUUUGGUGGCAGUAGCCUUGCAUUCAUCUUGAGAGAGAACCUUGCAAGCACUUACUUCUUUCUUCGAACGAAAGCAA